AGGGGAAACAUUCCACUCUCUGGGAGAAUUGAUGCAGAGAGAUUUUACCUCAUAAGAGGGUGGUGUUGAUUGAGUCAACAGAGCAGAAAAUUUACCCAGUCAUGACAAGCAGAAGAAAUGAUGAAGAGAAAGAAUGUGAACUAAUAAUGCUGGAAGGCAACGUCCGAGACAAAAAGCUUCUUUUUGAGGCCCUAGGAAAUGCAGCUGAGGCCCAGCCUGAAGGACAGGUGCAGCAUCAGUUGCAGGCAGGAAACCAGAAUGAGGUUAACAGACGAGAAACACUCCAAAUUGCCAGGAGCCGAGAAGCCCCAGCUCAGGAACUCAUUCCCAGAAACGAUGAUGAAGAGAAAGAAUGUGAUCUGGAAGGCAACGUCCGAGACAAAACGCUUCUUUUUGAGGCCCUAGUAACCCAGAGUGAGGAUAACAGACAAGAAACCCUGAUUCUCCAGUCAAGAGUUGUCCCAAGACCAGGAGCCACCGGUCAGGAACUCGGCCACAGAAACACUCUCACCAAGAACAGGAUCAGAAAUGAUGAAAAGAAGAUGGAAGAGCAGUCAAAAGUGGAAACACAAAAUAAUCUGCAGGCAAUAGAGAAGCUAUUGGAUGAAAAAUUAAGUAAAGUCCAAAUACGUUCAGAAACCCAGCUACAAAAUCAAAUUAAACAUCUUAUUACCCAGUUGUCCUGCAUUGAUCAAAAAGUUUCUCAGGAAAUAGAAAGAAAACUCCAAACAAUAGACAGCGUGCAGUUUGCCACCAGAAAUGAGCUGCAGCAAUGGAAAGAUCUCCUAGAGAAGAAACUCUUAACUUCAGAGCCCAACUUGGAAAUUAGUCACAUGGAGAAGAAAUUAGAACUGCUGGAGAACUCAGAAAAGAAGAGGGAAGAGCAGUUUAAGGCAGAGAUCCAAGCCAAUCUCGAGACAAUAAAGAAGUUACUGGAUGAGAAAUUAAAUAGUGUCCAAACACAUUCAGAAGCCCAGCCACAAAAUCUUCUCUUAGGUGUAGAAACACAGAUUAAACAGCUGACUACUCAAUUGUCCUGCAUUGAUCAAAAAGUUUCCCAAGAAAUAGAAAGAAAACUGAAAACUUUAGACAACAUGCAGUUUGCCAAAAGAGAUGAGCUACAGCAAUGGAAAGAUGGCCUAGAAAAGAAACUCUCAGCAUCAGAACCAAAUCUGGAAAUGAGUCUUUUGGAGAAGAAAUUGGAACAACUAGAGAACACAGAAAAGAAGAUGAAAGAGAAGUUUAAGGAAGAGAUUCAAGCCAAUCUGGAGGCAAUUGAAAAAUUAUUGGAUGAGAAAUUAAAAAGUGUCCAAACUCGUUCAGAAGCCCAACUGCAAAAUCCCCUUUCAGGUUUGGAAAAACAGAUGAAACAGCUGACUGAUCAGUUGUCCUGCAUUGAUGAAAAAGUUUCACAGGAAAUAGAAAGAAAAUUGAAAACUUUAGACAGCAGAGAUGAGCUGCAGCAAAGGAAAAGUCUCCCAGCAAAGAAACUCUCAGCAUCAGUGCCCAAUCUGGAAAUCAAUCCUUCAGAGAAGGAAUUAGAAGAGCAAGAGAACUCAGAAAUGGAAAAACAGAGAUUUGAAAUAGAACUGGAAAAACUAAGGACUGAAUUACAUUGGAGAAGGGCUCGCAACUAUUCAGAUGACAUCACUCUUGAUGCAGCCACAGCUCACCCCAACAUCUCCAUUGAUGGGGAUAAGAAGAUUUUUACACAUUCAGCUCAGCCUCAAAAAGUUCCAACAACUCCAGAGAGAUUUGAUGCGACUGUCUGUGUGCUGGGCUCUGAAGGAUUCUCUGAUGGAAAGCACUACUGGGAGGUGGAUGUCGGGAGCAGCACUGACUGGGACCUGGGGGUGGCCAGAAAAUCCGUAGAGAGAAAAGGGAAACUUUCCCUAUGCCCUAAGGAGGGAUUCUGGACUCUGGGUCUGAGUGGGAAAGAUUAUUGGGCCAAAACAGACCCCUGGACACGGCUCACAGUUCAGAAAAAGUCCAAGAAAGUUGGAGUUAACCUUAAUUACCAAGAGAGGCAGGUGACCUUUUUUAAUAUAACUGACAGAUCUGUAUUGUUCAUAUUUAAGAAUUGUUCAUUUUCAGGAGAGGUUUGUCCCUUCUUUAAAAAUUCCCACAAGGAAACAACAAUGAGAAUUUGUUCUAUAAAAGAAGAUUAAUAAUUUUAAAAUGAUAUGAGUACUACAGGAGAGGAUAGAAUCUCUGAAUCAUUCGGUAAUCAUAAAUAGGAAAAAUCAGAGACUACUUUCCCCCAUCCCCGGACCUAACAUGAAAAUGAAAAUUUUCAACCACUCAGUCUUCCCCUGCACAUAAUUUAUUAAAUAAAAUAAGUAAUGGGGGAAAAAAGCAAACUAAUGUAGCUCAAAUGAAAUUAGUUAAAGCAAAAUUAUUAAUCUAAUUAUCAGGUUAAUCAAUACAAAACAAUAUCAAAUAACUCCUCUGUAUAUACUUACAAGAUGAAAUAACAUGUCAACACUAUAGGGAAGCAUACAAAUUGGUCAGAGGCAGGCUCCCCUAAUGUGGACAUGCUACCUUGAUUUACAGCCCCAGGAGGCAUU